UAAAUCGAUUUUUUCCAAGUUCAGGUGAUGCAGGAUUUAACACUGUCAAGCUGCCAAGUCGAAAUCUGCAGGAUAGCCCUGCAUGCUUUGCAACAUAAUGAUUCGAACCGUUCGGAGAAAGGGAACCAUCUGCCAUCAGCAUGAUCAGGCAAAUCUUGACUACGAUCCUGUUCAAGCGAAUUUACAGGACAUUACCCAGAUGGAUGCCGACAACAAGAGCAACAGUGUCGACAGAUCAUCUGAGACAUCAUGGAAAGUUAUUCUCAAGAGAUUAUUCUACAAUCAUAGAGGUGUGAUCUGGGCCAUUAUAUCCGUCUGUGUCGGUACAGCAAGCGUCGUAUGUAUCAAACUCCAGGCAGGAAAAGUAGCAGCUACCCAAAUACUCUUCUUUCGGGGGCUGGCCCAGGUGAUAUUCUCUUUGCCACACCUUAUGUUUUAUAAGAUUUCGCUUCGGUUCCCUGUGAAAAUAGCGCUGUUGAUAUUGGUGAGGGCAUUGGUCGGAUCGCUAAGUGCCCUCCUAAACUACUUCGCCUUCCAGGUUAUCCCAGUUGCAACAGCUAAGGCGUUGCUCUACGGUUCGCCUCUCUUCACUGGCAUCUUUGCCCGGGUAUGUCUUGGAGAACGUUGUUCCGUUCCAAUCGUGUUCUUCGCCUUUCUAACCGUCAUAGCUGUCACUCUAGUCGUUCAACCAUCAUUUAUAUUUGGCGGCGGUGAAAUCGUACAAUCGAGUGGAGUAAUAUGCGCAAUUGUAGGUGCCGCUGUCUUGGCUAUAAACACAAUCAUCUUACGAUUCAUGCAAAUUUUACGUAUUGAUGCAUUCGCCAUCAUUUUCACCUACGGGCUCAUUGCCAUGUUCUGCAGUAGCGUACCUGUCACAUCCAUAACACUUGGUGAGUGGACAAACCCUCAUUGUGGGAUCGACCGUUGGUUCGUAAUAGGCCUGGCGAUAUCAGGAUUCCUAGAGCAAGUCUCAGUUACACUAGCUCUGAAGACCGAACCAGCACUGGUUGUUUCCAUUAUCCGGACGAAUGAUAUUUUCCUCUCUUUCGUGUUUGACUUAUUCAUAUUCGACAUCGUACAUAAUGCAUGGACCAUCGUCGGAGCGGUUUUAGUUGUCGGAAGUGCCGUUGGGAUGACGAUAUCGGCAAAUCAUGAACAAAAGAAACGGAUGAAGGAGGAGGAGGCCGAAGAGGGAGAUCAGGCAUCAUAAAACCUUCGGAGGGCGCCGUGCCGCUCCAUGACGUCCUUCCAUGGUUAUUUUUUUACUUUCAUAUUUUUUCAAA